AUGCCCUCCCAGGAGGAACAAGAAUUGCUGGCCAGGAUCGGCCAACUUGCUGGCAAGAUCAACCUUCACAAGGCUCAGCAAGCCGGCGUACAAUCGGUCCCGAGCAACCAGGCCUCCUACAGCUGGAACAACACUCACCGACACGGCGGCUUCCCCCACAAGCAUCGCGUCGAGCCUUACCCCUCAACCCGAGGCCCCUCGGGGUUUCGCCACCGAUCUUUGGUGCUGAACAACAACGGUGGAACGCAAACGCCGCCGUCCGACUCGCCCACGCCCGAGGCCUCAUCCGGCUCCUGGAUUUCUAAGAACACCCGCGGCCAGAGGUCGCUGAUCAACUCGGCCGUCUACGAGAAGAACAACGAAGCGCACGUCAAAGCUAUCGAGGCAUCGCGGCAGCGGAAGAACCGCCAGCAGGAUGCGCGCGAGCAGUCGCAGCUUGCCAAUCACUUCCAUCGCUACGGAGGCAAUCACGAGGUCGAGAUUCAAGGCAUUCGUUUCCGCGUCGCUCACAGCGGAAGCAAGCUCAUCAAGGUGUCGGGAGAUCUCCAUCCCGUCAGCGCGACGCCGAAGGUCGCCUUUGUCGGAGGUGUCAAGUUUCACCGAAGCAAGACCGGCAACCUGUACCGAGCCGGUGUGCUCAAAGCUCAACGGACGAUUUUCAAUCUAGGUUCAUGCGCCAAGGGCCCGGCCUGCCGAUACGUCCAUGACGCUUCGAGAGUUGCCGUCUGCCGAGAGCUGCUGCACAAAGGGAACUGCGCCAAUGGGGAGUCUUGUGAUCUUUCCCAUGACUUGACGCCCCAACGCACCCCGACAUGCGUCCACUUCAUCAAGGGCAACUGUGCGAAUCCCAACUGCCCCUAUGCUCACUCUAGUGUGUCCCCAGGUGCCCUGGUCUGCCGUUCGUUUGGUAUGUACGGCUACUGCGACAAGGGAGACGAGUGCGAAGAGCGGCAUGUCUUUGAGUGCCCCGACUUCAGCAACACGGGCAAGUGUAAGAAGAAGGGCUGUAAGCUCCUUCACCGCGAGAGGGCAAGCGUCCUUCGGAAGCGCACGUCCGAAGACGAGACGGAGGAUCUGUCGAGCGAUGCCGAGUCCGUCGACAGCGACGACGUGGACUCGGACGAGGUCGAGGAGUUUAUCACCGACGGCGUUGGUGACGAUACUGACUUCAAGGUCCAGAAGGACUUUAUCUCUUUCUGA